AUGUCCGAGUUGAAUAGUAUUUUUAGUGAUUUAAAAGUGAUUUAUGUGCCACAACUGCAGUGGGUGGACGUGGAGGAGUGGCUAUAUGGCGAGGAGGCUGAAGAGAAUGAAAUGCGGCAGCGGGCGCACAAGUUCUGGGCCCUGGCAAUGUGCAAGCAAGAUCUGUGCAGGCAGGAGACACAGUUACAGUUACUUCGCGAUUUGGCGGGAGUUAUACGCUCAAUGCGGAAUGAAAGCCAGACCAGCUACAGCAAUACCCACGACAACUGGGCAAACAUCAUCGGUGUGUCGCCGGCGAAUGCAUAUCUGGCAUACAUCUACUCCCUGGUCAGCAUGGGCAUUGCCCCGGAGCAUGUGCAGCAGGCUGCACCAAAAGACCUCAACGAACACCUUAACCUGCAGCUGGCCCUGAACGCCGUAAGCACCUACCUUCUCACACUAACCAUUCCGGGGGCCAAGAGCUAUGGCGUCUUCGACGAGGAUGUGAUCGAGCACGUUCUCAAGAUCUUUAAACUGCUGGAACAGAAUGCCAGCCGCAGUGUAAGAGCCAAUACCAUCUGGAUGUUCUUCCUGACCAUCUGCGAUGACCUGAAACUUGUCUUCCGCUAUGUCCACUUCAAGGAGCACCUCAAACCGCGCGACAAAAUCAUCCGCUGCCUCAUGGAAAUUCUCUACAUGAACUUCAAGAACGGAUAUCAAAAUUCCUGUGCCCCUGCUUUGCACACUAAAUGCUACGAGCUCUUUGGGGAAAUUGCCAAUGAACAUAAUGGUGAUGUCUAUGAGACCCUUCAAUUGAUCAUGCGCCAGACCUUUCCCAUGCACAUCUUCAUUGAUAGUCCCCAGAGCAUCAGUGUCGGACGUCGCGGAGGGGCCAUGCAGAGCGGAGAACACAUCUCCGAUUGGUUCAUCCAACUGAUUGAGAAGUACCCAGAAAUCCUCACCCGUAUCCUGCAUUUCUACAUCGAGUGCGUGGUCUCCAAUCCCAUCAAGGCGUGGAAAAGCAACGAUGAGAAGGUUGCUAUAGGCUAUGCGGCCAAAUACGAUCGAGUUCUCUUCGCCAAGUGUAAUAAAUCAUGCGCUGAGUAUGUCCUUGAAGCUGUCAAAGCCGACGAUGCUGUGGGGAUUCAAACACGUGCGUUGGAUCUAAUCGAAAGGAUCCUGCUGCAGCAGAGCGAGGUGCAGUGGAGCAUAUUCCGGCACGAUGUGUCCAAGGUGCCGAGGGAAGUGCCACUAAUAACCGAGGUGAUACGCUGCCUCAACGACAGGACUUUUACGGUUCGCAAGAAGGCGUGCCAAGUGCUCGUUCUGGCCCUUAAACAGGGCUCUCCAAUGACCACGAAAAUUCUUGAUGAGAGCAUUCGAUUUGUUCAGUUCGAGGAUGCGGAUGUGGAGACCCUGACGGAGCCAUCGGCAGAGCAGCAUGAGCUGCGAUUCGAGAAGCCGGGAAUAAUACAAUACGCCUUUAGUUUUGAGGGACAUGAGGAACUCGAAGUGGAGGUCAAGAAUAUCCCACAAAUGGUGUAUCAGCGAUUUCUGGCUGCGGACAAUGGUCUGGCCCGAACCUCUGGAAUUGCUUUGCUCGAGAGAUUGGUGCUCAUAAAUCCCCUGAUCAUUUACAACACGAAUUUCGUAAAGGAAGUCUCCUUACUGGCCGUAGAUCGGCUGUCAUCAGUAAGGAAAUCGGCUCUGGAAAUGGUGGAAACCCUGCUGGAGGCCUUCUCCAAUUGCUUUGCUUUGAUAUGCGUUUACUGCCGGAUCUGGGCGUGCCUCAUGAGCGACGAGGAUGUGGCACUGCAAAAGUUGGCCGUUCAGAGCUUCGAUCGGAUAGUCUAAAAUAUUCAACCCUUGGAGUAUUCGAAUAAAGCCAAGCAUUUUAUGCCCUGGCGAAUAAUUAGUACACUUCUGGCCACGCAGCCAAGAGCUUACCUGCAAGAAAGAUUUGCUAUUCUGCUGGAGAGAGAGACCUUUGUCACACCGAAGCUGGUGAACGUUGUUAUCUCCCAUCUCUCCACUUCCAUGGCCACAGAUGCCUGGGGACUGCUACUUCUCCUGUCCAGUCGGAUCACCAACAAUAUGGAUGCCCUGAUUGGUAUCUUCAACGGCCUCUCCUCGUACAACAUGCAGUCGAAUCAAUCGCUCGCUCUUCAACUCAUCAUCUGCUGUCUGGGGAACUUCUCAAAAGCGGCGCUAAAUCAGCUUUUCCAGCGUCUCUUGACUGCCCUCAGUUUGGGUAACAUUUGGCUGUCUCUGAUCUCGACGGCAGUGAAUUUGCUAAAUCAGAUUCAUCACCUGUCCGUCAGCCAAGCUCCAUCGUUGGAUGCCGAAGCGCCAGAUUGGCAACUCAAGUUGCUGGAGGAUCUCACUAAUGGCAUACAGACGAGUGCCAAGAACUUCCAGGAUGAGCACGUACGCCUACAUUGUCUUUUAGGUGCCUACACGGAGAUAAUUGUAAUGCUGCCCAUGGAUCCGGACAACAGGAUCGUAGAUUUCGUUUUCAAGUACCUGCAGGAGUGCACCAAGCUAAGUGAAUCUCAAUUUGAUACGGAGAACGAGCGCAUGACCAACUGGAUGAUUGUGAUAGCAGGACGCCUGAGUCUACGGGACAGUCGCCUGGCCAACCGUGCAUCGAAGCUUUACCGUAUCAUCCUAACAAAGAACGAUAGACCGCAGAUAAUCAACACCACGCUGGUGGUCUUGAACGAUCUGGGAAAGAAGCACCCAUCGAUUUUGGAGAGCAACUUCCAGUGCAUUUUAUCCAAACUGCAUUCCAAGUUUGCUAUGACACGAGUACGUACCUUCCGUUGCGUGAAGGACAUCAUCCUGUCGGGAAAUAUCAAGCUAAAGGGUUCCAUUUUGAUAUCCAUGCUGGCAUCUCUGGUGGAUGAGAGUGCUGAGGUGGCCCGCGAGGCAGAUGCCUUCUUCAUUCGCUACAGAAGAUUGUAUCAGAAGCAGUUGUUUGAUCAUUGCCUCAAGGAGUGUCCCUUUGACUUGAAUGGGCUGGCUAGCUCGAGGGGAGUGAUAAUGGAUACCAACUACAGAUCACCGCUAAUGGGUAGUGAAAUGUUGAAGAAUCGUCGGUUGCUGUAUAAUCACAUAAUGUCCUCGGUGGAGGAGAACACACUCUUGCUUUACUUUGGACAACUCAAGCUCUUGGCAGAGAAAACUAAGGACCAAACUUUUGUUAACACUCCUGGUGCCAUGGCAGUGGUCCAGGAUAUGCUCUUCAUCAUGCGACGCAUUUGUUUUCUCACUAAAAGCAAGGGCAAAGAGAAAAGCACUAGAGGCGAAGGCGAUAACGAGGCGGGGGAGGAUGAGACGGUGGAGAUAGCGCCGCCUCAAAACCCAGAACCAAGUACUUCAACGUCAAAGGGAACCGGCAGGGGCAGGCCAAAAAGGACGGACUCGUCGGAGGAACCACUUAAACAAUUGGAACGUUGUCUUCGCUAUGUAGAAGAAACCCAUCGUAACCUUAAAUCCGUGAUGAACAAUGAUCUAAAGCAUUCUUUUGACAACUUUUGUCGCGCCCUGGCCAUGAGAUUUCCCAAUUACAUUGAUUUUGCCCAGCCGGCACACUUUUGGCAGAAGUACCGAUCUGGAAAAGGUCCCAAAGAGGGCAAAAAGAAGCGACGACGCUUGACUGACAGCGACGAGGACGAGGACGAAGAGGAGACUGCAGAGGAGGGUGACAGUGAUAAUGAGAUGCCGCUGGAGCGGCACAAAUCCACACCAGCAACGGGAACGCGUUUACGACAAAGGACUACGAGCUGUGAUAUGCUUGUUACGGAACUGAUCUUCCAGCCGCCCGAUUGGUAGCCUCCUCAACCUAAUAUAAGAAGCUUUGUAAAUAGA